AUAUAACCUCUCCGUUUUUUUUCAUUCACUUCGUUUGGACUUUCUACGAUUUUGAUGAAUUAUAAUAAUUGUUAUAUUACUAAAGUUAUUGUGCGUUAAGAUAUUUCAGAAUGUACUCUAGCGACGAUUACAAUGAGGGAGGUUUCGAAUCUUAUGGCGAUUAUGAGCCUCAUACGGGAGAUCCCCAGUAUGACUUGGAGUACGAUAGAUCCUAUUACAAAAUGCCUGAGAUGGUGAAGAAAUUCCUUGUGUAUUUCCGCAACAUGAUCACUGAGGGUGUUACAUAUGAGAUUUUGAACUUGUAUGAAAACACAUUUCCCAAACUGACUGAGCAGUAUUUUGAAAACACUCCCUGGCCUGAUGAGAAUGAAGUUGCUCCUAUAGUGGACAAUGAUCAUGUAUUCAUGAUAUUGUACAAAGAGUUGUACUAUCGUGACAUCUAUGCACGAGUUCCCGGAGGUCCCAAACCUGAGCAGCGGUUCCAUUCAUUCUAUAACUACUGUGACCUGUUUAACUACAUUUUGUCAGCGGAAACUCCCGUCCCUUUGGAGCUGCCGGACCAAUGGCUGUGGGAGCUUAUAGAUGAGUUUGUCUACCAAUUCCAAUCAUUUGCUCAAUACAGGUCCCGCACCUCAAAGCUGAGCCCAGCUGAAAUUGAAACUCUCAACACCGAGAACAAGGCUUGGAAUGUACUCUGCAUCCUAAAUGUGCUGCACUCACUUGUAGACAAGUCCAAUAUCAAGCGCCAACUUGAGGUGUACGCCACUGGUGGCGACCCUGACAGUGUGGCGGGCGAGUUUGGACGCCAUUCGCUAUACAAGAUGUUGGGCUAUUUUUCGUUGGUAGGCCUCCUACGCCUACAUUCGCUGCUCGGCGACUACUACCAAGCAAUUAAGGUCCUGGAAAAUAUCGAACUACACAAAAAGUCACAAUACUCCCAUGUGCCUGCUUGCCAAAUCUCCACUUCUUACUAUGUGGGAUUUGCCUACAUGAUGAUGCGUCGUUACUCUGAUGCUAUCCGCACGUUGUCUUCAGCGCUGUUGUACCUUCAGCGUACCAAACAGCUGUUCUCUUCUCGUUCCUACCAGAACGACCAGAUUAAUAAGCAGACGGAACAGAUGUAUCAUCUCCUGGCCAUCUGUCUUGUACUGCAUCCGCAGUGCGUCGACGAAUCGAUUCAGCAGGUCCUCCGCGAAAAGAACUACCACGAGAAGAUGUUCAAGAUGCAAUACGGCGACCUGGGCGAGUUCGAGAGUUGCUUUACUUUCGCGUGCCCCAAGUUUAUGUCACCGUGUCCGCCACCCAUUGAGCCCGGCUCUAAUUACGGCCGCGAUGCCAUCAAGCAUCAGACGCAAGUCUUCAUGGACGAGGUUCGUCAACAAAAGAUGCUUCCCACUAUUCGGUCGUACUUGAAGCUAUAUACCACUCUGCCACUGGCCAAGUUAGCCGCCUUUAUGUCAGCAGCUCGUGGCGGCGAUAGAGACGCAAUUAGAGAACACGCUGCGCUCGCCAUUCAUUUGCUUUGCUUCAAACAUAAAAUGAAGAAUGUUGUCUGGACCAAAGGUCCUAGUGGGCUGGAUGGAAAGUUCCAGAGUGGAUCUGAGCUGGACUUCUAUAUUGACAACGACAUGAUCCACAUCGCGGAUACGAAGGUGGCGCACCGCUAUGGUGACUUCUUCAUCCGCAAGAUUCUUAAGUUUGAAGAACUCAACCGCAAACUCCACCACAUCAAAAUUUAGACUAAGGGUAAUAAGUCAAAGUAAAAUUGUAAUGUUUCC